AGCGAACUGCAAGGAGAGGAGUGGUUUGUGUUAGUGGGAUACAGUGGAUACCGUGGAGAUUCUGAGGAAGAAUACUCAGCUAUGGGUUCCAUUCCAAAACUUUCUAUUCUAAAAGGUCCAACCAGGCAGUUCCAUGCGAAUACCUUGGAGAGUAUCUUCGAGAAUGUUGCAACCUCUCAACAUGAAAACGACGCGGCUUUGUUAUUUGAAGUAAAUGGCGAAAUCAGAACGCAUACAUACUCAGACGUCAACAAAAUCACUAACAAGCUAGCCAGGACCAUUAUAGAAACCAUUUCUAACAACCAACUACCCAGAAACAAAGACGGCGACUACAUAAUAGGCGUAAAUAUGCAUCCUAGCGAUCACUUGGUGAUUCUGUUGAUGGCCAUUUGGAAGUCCGGCGCAGCUUAUCUUCCGCUUGAUCCGUCUUUCCCAGGACCAAGAGUUGAGCAUAUUGUAAGAGAAGCGAAUCCUGCUAUGAUUAUUUAUGAAACAGAUUCCAAGUAUUAUUUGGAUACCAUAAAACUCUCCUUCGAGGAUCUUGCCAAUCAGAGCACUCACCAGCCUGAGGAAGCAUUGUCCAAAAAUCAAAAGGUUCGACACGUACGGGACGACCUAGCUGUUGUUUUAUAUACGUCUGGUAGUACCGGUGUUCCCAAGGGAGUUCGACUACCGCACAAAGUGAUUCUCAACAGACUUCAGUGGCAGUUUAGAAGAUUCCCUUAUAGCCCUUCCGAGAAAGUAUGUGUUUUCAAAACAGCUCUAACAUUCGUUGACAGCAUAGCGGAAAUUUGGGGACCACUAUUGAAUGGAAGGGCUAUUCUCGUGAUUCCAAAGUCGGUUACUAAAGAUCCAGAAACAUUUGUUUCUGUUUUGGAAAACUAUAAGAUUGAGCGGUUAAUUUUGGUACCCUCACUUUUAAGAAACCUUCUUAUGUUUUUACAAAUGAGAAAAGAAGAUUUGUUACUCAGAAAUUUAAAGACAUGGGUCUGUUCGGGAGAAACCCUUGUAGUUUCUUUGGUCGAAGAGUUUUUCAAGUACUUUCCUCCAAACGAGUACCAGCUUUGCAACUUUUACGGCAGCACCGAAAUAAUGGGCGACGUCACUUAUCACAGUAUCACAAAUUCUGAACAACUGAAGCACAUAAACAAAGUGCCAAUAGGUGCACCCCUGGAUAAUACGAUCCUUUACCUUCUGGACAAAGAUUUCCGGCCGGUAAAAGCGGGUGAUAUCGGUGAACUGUUCGUUUCCGGUUUGAAUCUGGCCAGUGGUUACGUCAGCGGAAGAGAUCCGGAAAAAUUCCUCGACAAUCCAUUAGCAAUCGAUCCCACCUACGGGAAACUGUACCGUACGGGGGACUUCGCCCGUCUAGAGAAGGGCAUACUUUUCUACGAAGGCCGCACCGAUUCUCAGGUGAAAAUUAGAGGACACAGAGUAGAUACAGCUGAGGUGGAGAAAGCAGUCAAUUCUUUGGAAGCAGUUGAAAAAGGUGUGGUGCUAUGUUACAAACCAGGAGAAAUGAACCAAGCUCUUCUUGCUUUCAUCACAACUGAGAGUCCGAUAAGUGAACACCAAAUCGAGCUCAUGCUUAAAGAAAAAUUAGCGUCGUACAUGGUUCCACAAGUUAUACUGGUGGAAAAAAUUCCUUUAUUAGUGAACGGCAAAAUUGACCGACAGUAUCUUUUAAAAUCGUACGAAAACACCAACAAUAACGAAGACCUUGAGCCAGCAAUUGACAUCAGCUACGAAGGAGUACCGAUCCAUCAAAUAGAAGCAGCGAAAGUACUCUUUGAAACGGUAGCUUGUGUACUCAAUCGAGCUGUCAGGUCUCAAAUUUCCAUUAAUUCAAACUUCUUUGAAAUUGGAGGAAACUCCCUAAAUUCUAUAUAUACCAUUUCCAAAAUGAGUGAACAAGGAUUUAAUAUAAGAAUAGGAGAUUUUUUGUCAGCAAUGGAUUUUGGAGAAAUAUUAUUGAGAAUGACUUCGAAUACAACAAUUCAUAUUGAAGCGCCCAGUUUUUCAUACGAUUUACUGAAACCUUGUUACAAAAGUGUUGUAUGCGAUAUGAUUACCACCAGUUUUUACGAAAAAGCCGAUUUAGAACAAUGGCUGAAACCUGACAUUUCUCCAACAGAUUAUGAUGAACUAAUGGAAAAAUUAUGGGAGCCUUUGUUGGAGCAAAAUUUAAGUUUUAUUGUCAAGAACGAAUACGGCAAAAUAGUUGGAGUGGCGUUAAACUUUGACGCCAGAGACGAACCAGACAUUGAAAUAACCUCUAAAUUGACUGUGAUAUUCGAGUUUUUGGAAAGCAUCGAAGGACCUAUAAGAGACAAUGAACUGCCUCCUGGUAAAGGGUCAAUUUUACAUUCUUUUAUGAUGGCUACUCAAUCAUCAUUGACACCAAAAGAAAACGUAUCUGUGAUGCAAUUCAUUGAAGGAGAAGUAUUAAACAUUGCAAAGGAAGCUCAUUUUAAGGGAGUCUUCACAACUAACACAAACCCUCUUACGCAGCAACUGAGUUCUAUUUACAACUAUCAAACAAUGCUGGAUUGCCAAGUCAACCAAUACGUCGCCAGUGACAACACCAAACCUUUCGGACUGGCGCCCGACGACCAGAGAGCCAUCGUCAACUGGAAAUCCUUGGAAUAGACUAUAUGUAUUGAGGAGAUAUUUGUAUGAAACAAAAAAACGAGACCGGCGUAAUAUUUACUUUUAAAUUAUUGUCGCUCCAGAUCUCGGCAGUACCUACGUCUGCGUUGUGAUAAAAAAUGUGUACCUAUAUUGUGUAAAUACGCUUUAACGAAAUUUAAAUUGAUACCCCUAUUACUAUAAUAGGUAAUGUAAAUUAAACUCUUCAUAAUUUAUAUAUAAAAUUUAUCAAAAAAUCAUCGUAGCUUAAAAAAUAGAGGAGGUAAAGUAUUUUGGCACCUAAACGAGUAUGUCAGUCUACCUAAUCUAAUAUGAAGAGCAGUAAUUUUUUAAUGUAUGAACAAAUUGAGUAUUAUAAACUGCUCGUCAAAGGUUAGGGAUAUUAUCAGAAAAGGCUUUAAAAGCAAAAAUAUUUAAACAUAAAUAAUAAAAAUUCUUUAUUAUAAAAUGAAUUAAGAUCACUGCAUCACUUUUGUAUCAACAAACCACCAACUCAAAAGUUUCGUAGAAAAAAAUUAAAACAAAAAUUGACAAAAUUUCUUGUAACACCCGAAUCAUUUUUAAAAUCCAACAAAAAAUUGUUUAAUGGGUGGUGUCCUCCUCGAGCCUCAAUAACUGCUUGGUAACGUAUCAGCUUACUUUGUACUAAAUGGUUAAGCACAUCAUUUCUGAUUUGCAUCCAAGAUUGUGACAUAUGGCAAUAGGUUUCUUAAUUGCUGAAGAAUUUCAGGGCGUGGUUCACGUGCAUCUAAUGCUCUCUGGAGUUGAUCCCAAUCAUGUUCAAUGCAGUUGAACUCAGGAGACCUCGAGGGUAAUUGCAAAUGAGGAAUACCUUGAUUGUCAGGAAUACUGUGCUGUUAGGAGUUUAUGAAAUAGGUGCCAGAGUUAGGCAACACAUGAGUCAGGGCGAAUAUGAAAAAUAUGACAGGUCAUGUGAUGUUGGGCUAGGGGGCAUAAAAGAUGUACAUUGGAAAGUAAUAAACUGAUGUUUAUCCGAAGUAAUAACCAGGGUAUUAUUUAUAACGCCUCUCUGAUAACACGACAAAUACCUCGAGCGUCAACUACAAACAGUGGCAGGCCGAUGAGGAGUUGCAUUAUCGUGGAUAAAGGAAGCCUUGACCAAUAGAGGCGUGAAAAUGUGGAAUAAUAUUGUUGGUGACUUCAUCUCUAUAAAUCACACUGGUCAUAUUCCUGUUCAAAACUACUAGGUCUGUUCGGACGUCAAAAGAAAUUCCACUCAAUAGAAAAUCCAGAAAUUCCACUACCUUCUCGAAAUGGAGGAAUUUCUUGGGCAUGUCGACGAUUUCUCGGCACCAACGGUUUGCCCCAAACACGUAAACGUCGGUCGACUAUCGGAAUAGCUUAUUAUCCAUAGCGAGACUCGUCGGUAAAGAGUAAAGAUUUCCAUUCUUCCUGCCAAUUUCGAUGUUACAGAACCCAAGCUAGUUUUUGGCAUAUGUGCUCUGCGGUGAGUGGAACUCUUCUAACAAUAAGACGCCUUGAUCUUAAAUUAAGCUCAGAGAGCUUUCGACGAAGAGUUGCUACCAAAUCGCAGUUCUCGUCGCAUUAAAAAACCUCCUAUUUAGGGUUCUACUAGUUUCGGGUGGCGUUCUUUGAGCUGAUAGAGUAAUGUAACAGUGCUGGGCGGCCGUAGUAACUCUCGUCCUUCCAGAUUUGAGUCGUUCCGCAACAUUUUGUGUCGUUGAAACGGUUGGCUAAUCGAGAAACUAUACUUUGCGAUACAUUAAAGCUUUCACCUACAUCUACUUACAUAGCCCCAGCUUGGAUCAUACAAAUAACCAUAUCUGCCUCUGCAAUAACUAACUUCCUUCGUCCCAUACAUCUACAGUAAAAAAAAAGAAUGUGUGUGUACUUUGUACGCACGUAAGAAGUUAUACUUCUAUUAUAUGAUUUCAACGAAAUUAAUAUACUUUAAAUAGUUUAUUUAUAUUUUAUUAAAAUAUUAAACUAAUUUUAAUACUUACUACCUUCCAAAAAAUUUUAUUAAAACAAUCCCAAAAAUUAAAAAAAUAAAAUAAUAAAAUACACACAAACACAUUGAAAAAUGCCACAAAUGAUUUCUGAACAAUAAUUGUCGGAAAAAAUUUUAACUAAAUACGUAUUUUUUGAAGAAAAAAAUUAUAUAAUAAAUAUACAGUGGAACCCCGAUAAGUCGGCCCCCGAUAACCCGGAAGUCCGGCUAACCCGGAAGUCCGGCUAACCCGGAAGUCCGGCUAACCCGGACCGAUUUUCAUCAGACAAAAAUUUAACAAAUAAACAAUUUAACAAUUUUAUCAAAUAAAAAUGUAUGUAGGCCAAAUAAUAUUUCAGAGAUAAUGUGUAUUUGUGUAAUUUGAACACAUAAGUACAAUAGUAAAAAUGAUUCAUGCACACGGCGGCAGCCAGAGCGACCGUCUCAGCUUAUCGGAAAGAACAGACACCUGUCUGUAUUCCUUUUUCUUUAUUUAUGUCAAACUGUCUUAGCAUUGUUUAAAAAAGACGUGACUAUUUAAAAAUUCUUGUAUUGUGUGUAGUACAGCCUAUUAAUCACUUCCGUUCUGUAAUGUAAUCGUGCUUCAGAUUGUGUUUGCUUUGUCUACGUAAUGGUAACAAAACGUAAAAAUGUUGCAGUGACAAUGGAAAAGAAACUAGAAACAUUAGGUAGGAUUGAUAAAGACGAAUCUUUAAAAUAAAUUUAUUGCAGCAUCAUAAUAUGAUAUUAUGCUACCAUAGGUCUGGAUCCCGCGUAUUAAAAAAAAGUUGAUUAAUAGCAAGCUAAAAAUUUAUUAAUAGCUUAAGGGUGUC